GCUAAUGAGCGGAUCUCGCGCGGAGGUUGUCUUUGUGUGUUGUGUGCUGCCACCCGUCCGGUUUGCUCUGUCCGACUCCGUUCGUCCGUCUGUCAUUGUGUGUGUCCCUGGGUAUUGUGCUCGCCCGCGCCCGUGCCAAUCGUUCGCUCUGGGGCGAAACAGCGCAGAGUGCAAAACGCGACAGCUCUAGGCGCACCAUGGGACGACGACGAUGCGCAACACGGUGGCCGGUGGCCGUUGGGGUCGUGCCGCCGGUCGGCGCAAAGGCAGGCCGGCUCGUCCUCGUCAUCCUGCUCGGUGCCGUGACCAGGAGUGCGAGCAAUUUCAGCUUCCCAACCGAUCCCGACAUUCUAUAUGAGGGUGACAAGUGCGGGCUGCCCGGCAUGCGGACCGGCACCUGCCAGAAGGCGGCCGACUGUCCCCAGGGCAUCCGGGCGAACGGUGCCCGAUGCGAGUUCAGCGGCAACGAUCCGGUCGUCUGCUGUCCGACGGAGGCACCAGGCACCGGCGACGGCACGAGCAACCGUUUCACGGCCCGCAUCGCCAAACAGGAGUGCGAGCGGAUCACCAGCGCGUCAGCCAACUUCAUCGACCAUAUAUCCGGCCGCGCGAUCGAGGCGCUCCGCGGCGAGUUCCCGUUCGUGGCGCUCGUCAACUUUCGCGGAGAGGAGGAAGAGGAGGUGAAGUAUACCCGGUGCGGGGCGUCCUUGAUCGCGCCCCGGUUUCUGCUUACGGCGGCCCACUGCCUGAAGGACCUAAACCCGGUCAAGGUCGAGUUGGGGUUCAUCCAACUGAGCGAUACGGAAAAGGACGAGUACGAGAUCAAGCAGGUGCACCUGCACGAAGACUACAAGUCCCGGCGCAACGAUAUCGCGCUGAUCGAGCUGAAGAAGAACGUCACCUACAAGCAGGACGUUGGGCCGAUCUGUCUCAACACGGACCGUCCCGAGAUUGGAACGUCGAUCAACCUGACUGUCAUGGGUUGGGGCGCCGACGGUUACGGUCAACGCGCGGACAAGCUGAUGAAGGGCACGGUGUACGAGAUACCGCUCGACGAGUGUGUGCAGCGAUUCCGGGAUGCCAAGCAGCGGAUCAGCCUUGGCGAGGACCAGCUGUGCGCGCUCGGCGAGAAGAUGAAUGACGAGACGACGGACGCGUGCCAGGGCGACUCGGGCGGUCCGCUCGUGAUGACCGUCCGGCAAAAGUUCUACCUGGUCGGCGUGGUGUCGACCGGGGCCGUCUGUGGCGGUUCCCUGCCGGGCAUCUAUACGCGCGUCUCCCGCUACCUGGAAUGGAUCGAGCAGCGCGUCUGGGGCAGCCCGAACUGACUUGCCGGAGUCCUCACCAGCGUCCACAUGUAAAUAGCGUUAGCCGUAAGAUCGAACAACUCUAGCGCACGGUUGAGAGUCUGCAUCGUGGAGACUCGAACACACAGUCACACACACACACGCACACAAAUUUAAGAACAUUUAAAACAAACGUGAUAUCGGUCUCGCCAGCUGCAGGGUAGCAGGGUUUGCCCAAACGCGUCCGUCUACCAGGCACUCGUCCCCUAAGCCAGAGCGGAAAAGACUCGCCAGAGGAGUUCUUGCACCAUUCGGUAGUGCUGUUGCGGUACGAUACAAUAAACAAGAAUUAUAUUAUAGCUUCGGCUACAUAGUUAGCUCGCAAAACAAAACACAACCUGUGCUUGCUUCUGAAGAUGCGUUUGUUUGAAGAAUAUAGGUCUUGGGGCGGCACGGUCAGCGUGUACCAUUCGUUUUCCAGAUUCGAAAUUCCAAUCCACGAGGCUGCAGCUGUCCGAGGCUCUCAGCGUCAUCUGGUUCGUGGGGUCUUGCGGAACAAGCCUGCAAUAGUCUCCGGAGACGUGACCCCCUCCCCUAGCCUAGAUGUCGUUAUCCUCCUGUCUCUACGAGGUUAUCAUAACAGGCCCCCUAUCAAGCCGGGAUGAUAAGGGCUUGCGAUGAUCGCGAUGCGUACGCAUCCGACAGCUAGCUCGAACGUCAUCUUGCAGUCCACCUCCAGAAUGGUGUAGCGGGAACAGAUGCUCUGUAUGAUUUCAGAGCAACAUCUUUCAGCAAUGCAGCCAGAAGAGGUUUGUAGCCGAAGAAGUCAGCAGAAGAGGAUCGUUCAGAAAAGAUGUCCCGACAGCAGCUUCUGCUCCGGUAUGUGGGAAAACCCACUACCUGGUUCCUGUAAUAACGCCUGCAGUCAAUACUUGGAAGUCAUCGGCAGUAUCGGAUCAAAGGGAAAACAAACACCUGCGCGUCUGUGUUUACGUUGUACAUUCGUGAUUUUUCUUUUUAUAUGAGACUUUACAAUAUUGCCUCCUACUUUGAUGAGCUAGAUACGACAAAACAAAAAAUAAAAAAUGCAAUCUGCAUGGUAUGCCGAUUUUCGUCGUCUAGCUUUCGUGUGUAGUCUCUUCCUAUAACUAUAUAGUUUGCUUUGUUUCUCUCGAUUGUCUCUCUCUCUCUCUCUCUAUCUCUCUCUCUAUCUCAAGAUGGCUUUUUUUUUGGAAAAUAAGCGCUAAUGCGUGGUUUGAUUCUGUUCCUGACUGUAAAUGGAAGUUCUUCUAUCAUUAUUUUUCA